AAGCGUCUGACCGUUUUAAGAUUGCUGACCACAUACGCUGUUCUUCUUUUAAUGUCUUUCAUUUGUAUUCAAUUUAAUUAUAAUUUGAUAAAGGAAUUAUUUCCUGAUAAGGCCUAAAGCGAUUUAUUUUAAAAAGUAAAAGUUCAGUACGCGAUUGUGAUGUGAACAAAAAAGAACUAAGAAUUUAGUAUAAGAAAAAUAUAUAUUAAAAAUCGGUACAGAUUCAGAUAUAUUCAAAAUGUUAACUGAAAUACUACUGUUAUUGAGUGCCUUGUUCUUCUUAUAUUUAUCCUAUCGAUAUGCUGUUAGUCGUCCAGAAGGAUUUCCGCCUGGUCCUCCACGCAUACCACUAUUUGGUAGUUACUUGUUUAUGAUGAUGUCCAAUUUUAAAUAUUUACAUAAAGGAGUGUUAAACUUUUCGAAGUGGUAUAAAUCGGAUAUAGUUGGAUUUCACGUUGGUCCAUUUCCAGUUGUUGCAGUACAUAAUGCCGAAGGCGUUAAACAAGUGUUAAACAAUAAAAGUUUCGAUGGACGGCCACAAGUUUACUUAGCAAAAAUGAGGGAACCCGACCGUAAUAUUUUAGGUAUAUUUUUCCAAGAAGGAACUAUUUGGAAGGAACAACGUCGUUUCAUUUUGCGUUAUUUAAGAGAUUUUGGUUUCGGAAGACGUUUCGAACAACUAGAAUUGGUUAUACAGGAAGAGUUAACCGAUAUGCUAGAUCUAAUACGUAAUGGCCCACUUUAUGAACAUGAAAAAGAAAUUGUAAAACCAGGUGGAUAUAGAGUAUUACUGCCAUCACUAUUACAUCCAUUUUCAACAAAUAGUGUCUUUCAUAUUGUAUAUAAUGAACGCCAUUCACGAGCGGAACAGGGAGUUUUAUUAAAAUUAACUCAAAUGGCAAUGCAGUUCCAAAGACAUGCUGAUGAUUAUGGCAAACUGUUAAGUAUAAUGCCUUGGAUAAGGAACGUUUUCCCGAAUUGGAGUUCUUAUAAUAAACUCAUGGAAGCAAAUAUGUUUAUACACACAUUUUUCGCCAAUUUCAUUGACCGUCAUAUUGAAACAUAUCAGGAAGGGUUUGAGAGAAACUUUUUAGAUUUAUAUAUUAAAGAAAUGAAGCAAGCCGAAGCUGAGGGUAAAACAGACUCCACUUUCUCACGCAGUCAAUUCAUUAUGAGUUUAGUUGAUUUCUCGUUCCCUGCGUUAAGUGCAGUCGGUGUACAGAUCACGUUUUUAAUACAGUAUUUAAUGCUUUACCCAGAGGUAAUGAAACGUGUUCAAAAAGAAAUUGAUGAAGUUAUAGGUAGUGGACGUUUACCCACUUUGGAAGAUCGUAAAGAAAUGCAUUACACAGAAGCAACCAUACGUGAAGGUUUACGUAUUGAAACAUUAGUACCAUCAGAUGUACCGCACAAAGCUUUAGAGGAUACUGAGUUAAUGGGUUAUAAGGUGCCAGAAAAUACAAUUGUAAUUCCCAGUUUGUAUGCAUAUCAUAUGGAUGAACGUACUUGGGGUGAUCCAAAAAAUUUCAGACCAGAACGUUUUCUUGACGACGAAGGAAAGUUAUGUUUAAAGAAGGAUGUAUCUUUACCGUUUGGUGCAGGAAAACGUUUAUGUGCUGGAGAAACAUUUGCUAGAAACAUGCUUUUCCUUAUGACAACAACAUUAUGUCAAAAUUUCAAUUUUGUUUUGGCACCUGGUGAUAAGCUACCCGAUUUAUCUAAAAACUUGAAUGGUUUAAUUAUAUCCCCACCUGAUUUUUGGGUACAAUUGGAAGACAGAAAAUAAGUCUAUGUUUAAUUUAAUAUUAAUAAAUUCAUAAAAAUAUAGUAAAUAUAAGUGUGGGAAGAAUUGUAUCUAUGCAAUUAUUUGUUUUGAAAUAAUUUGUGUUUUUAUAUAAUAUGAGAAAUUGUAAAUUUCCGGUGUUCGAAGUUAACAUUUUAAAAAAAAAUAAUUCAUUU